GUUACUCUUCCAGCUCGCCUUCCUGCUCCUCUUGGGGGGACCUGACUGGAGACCCUUCCCCCCUCAGAAUGUUCAGCACUAACCACUCCCAGACUGGAGAGGAACUUCUGCCUCCUUCCAGGAGGUUCAGAGUUAGCCAGUGGAGAAUCAGGACCAACACCCUGCUGCCAUCCAUCAGCCCAAAGACAGCAUGAAGAGACCACCUCCCAUGUCCCCUACCUCUGGACCCACAGAGUCAUGAUGGCCCGGGAAACCCCAGUGCUACUGCUGCUGCCUUUGCUGUUAAUGGGUUCACAGGGAGAGGUGUUGCCAGUGAAGUACCAGGAGGGGCAGACACUUAGAGUGAGCUGCAUUUACCAUCCCUGGAGAGCUGAGAAGAGCUGGAAAACCUGGUGUAAAUUGGAAGAGAAUGGAAGGUGGUGUGAAAGAAUAAUUACCAGGAACUCAGUGGACACUGCACAACUUACAGACCUACGAGUCUCCCUGGUGGAUGACACCUACACUGGUACCAUCACCAUCACCAUGUCUAACCUCAGGGUGAAGGACUCGGGCAUCUAUUGGUGUGGAAUUUAUGACUCUGUCAGGAACUCUGUUGAUGUUCUUGGGACAAUCAGGCUGGAGGUUUCUCCAGCCACAAAAUUGAAGACCAUCAAACUUUCGCAAACUACCACUAACUCACCUCUCACCACUUCUGCCAUCUUCUUGGCCACCAGCAGCCCGAGAGAUAACCAGAAAUUCAUCAUUUGGGGCUCAGUGCUGGUCUCUUUGCUCCUACUUGGGUUCCUCAGUGCGGGCAUCGUAUAUGCCGUGAAAGUCUCCCAAAAACCAGAGACAGGUGAUGAUGAUUGCCAUUAUGUCUAUGAUGACCUUGAGGAGCAAAAGCAAAAGGCCAGGGUAACUAGAAUAAGGAAUUGCACAACCUGGCCCCAUAAAGAUGAAUCCCAAAUGCAGUCAGUUCUUCACCGGAAGUUUGCAAAGGAGGAGAUAGACCGCCAAAGGGAAGGACAUUCUUGCUCAGGCAAAUCUGUCCCGUGAGACUAGACAAAGCUAGAAAUAUCAAGAGGAAGAUUCCGAUUUAUAUUAUUGUGGAUAAGUAACUUCUCCUUGCUGGACCUUGCUUUCCUCAGAUAUAAAAUGAAGCAGUCCAACUGAUGACUUUCAAAGUUUCUGCUCUCUCUAUAUCCUAGAAAAGAAAGAGGGAGAUAUUAAUGCAUCUUUGGCACUUCUUAGCCAUAGGAAAAGACUCAGAGAAAAGGGCAGGUGGUGGUAAGGAGGUACUUCUUGGUGCUUCUCUCAUCCCCCACCCUCCUAGAUUGUGCUGAGGGUCUGAGGUCACAUAUCUCACAGGAGGCACUUCAGUCUGAGGCACCCGAAAACUCCCUGAACUUCAACCCCAAGCUAUAGACCUUGUACCCCCUCCCUCACCAUUCUGGGUGUCCACAUAUUGGGCAUAUUGUGAUAUGAGAAGAGAAUGUGGAUGGACUAAGACAUCUCAAAUAACAGCCACAUCCUCAAGGUUUUAGCUGUUCAGUGGGAGGUACUCUGGCACCACCUUAAGGCUCAGAGAUCUGACAAGUGACACUCUCAUUUCCAAAAUUUGGAGGGAGGAGCAAAAUCUACUAGCAGUUCCUAUAAUGUGGGUAUGUGGAAAAGUCAGAUUUGUUUAACAUAAAUCUGAGUGGGUGAGAAGCAUUGUGGAAAUGCUCUCCUGCUCUUCCCCUCUGAGCUCUGUGCUUCCUUCUACUGCCCUCCACGUGCCACCUCAGUGCCCUUCCCCCAGUUCCCCACAUUAGUUCUUCUUCCUUCGUAGAGGCUCAGAAGGAGGAAGAGCAGCGUCAGGGCCCUGCCCCUCCUACCAUCUCCCUGGGGGCCAGAUGGAGGAUUGACAGCUCCCUGUGUUGUCUCCUUUUGAGUAACAAGAGAGGACCAGCAUGGCCCCAGAGAUUCUACUGUCGCUAAUGCUACUGCUGCUGCUGCUGUCACUAGGAAACUCAGGGAGGACUUGGGCUUAGCUCCAGUACCAGGAGAGGAGACCGAGGUCUCCAGGCUAUGGGGCACCAGAGCAGGCUGAAGAAGAGCACAGACUCCUGGAAGGGGAGACGUUCAGUGUGAACUGCUCCUACAAGUCCCAGGAAGAUAAACAUAGAUGGAUGUCUUGGUGUAAAAAGCAAGAGAAUGGAGAGUACUGUGUUGUACCACCCUUAGAAAAAAGCCCCAAGGUUUCCCUGUCAGACAAUGAAUACUUCUCCUCUUCAUGACAAUAGUAGCAUCAUCACUAUCACUAUCACAAAGUUGAGGCUCACAGUAAAGGAUUCAGGUGUCUGUGAGUGUGUGAUCCUUGAAGAAUCUCCUAAGACAGUCCCUGAAGAAUUUCCUAAGAGUGAAAAAGCCAUCCUCAGGAGAUUUCACCUGGUGGUGUCCUCAGUUGAAACACAGAGCCCCACGAAAGGGAUACAAACUACUACGGAGGUCAUUUCCAACAAUCCGGCCACCAACAACAGGCCUGGCACUUUAUCCAUUCUACCACCUGAUGAGAGUUCCUCAGAAAAGAAAUUAAGCAUUUUGGGUGUGGUUCUUUCUUGCCUGCUCCUAUUGGUGCUCCUUGUUGUGGGCAUCAUUUGUACCAGGAGGAUCUACCAGAAAGCCAGGAAAGGUGAUGACUCUGAGACCCAGGAGAAAAGGCAAAGAUGAGUAAGACUACUUGUCCUUUACGUGGGCUUCAUACCUUUCACCUUGUAAUCUCAUCUGAGCCACACUACAGCCCUGUGCUGAGGAGCUCUGCAAUGAAGAUGGACAGUGAUGAGAAUGCUGAGGACAUCCAUUAUGCCACAGUGUCCAACAGAAGCCCCAGAGAGCUGAUCAAUACCAAAACUCAUACUCCUGCUGAAGCUGUGGAAUAUGCUACCAUAACAAGGAACUGAUGGCAGCUGCCCAAAUCAAAUGCUCCUCAGAAUCCAAUGUGGAAGGACUAGGAGAGUUCACUACCAGCAAUGUUGGUGAAUCAUGUCUCCUCCAGCAAAGAAGUGAUAGAACAAAAAUGUAUGGAAAUGAGAAAUAUGUUAUUAGACAAGGACCAUGUAUAGAUUUGUUUUGCUUAGCUAUAUUUCUUUGUUGGGAGGAAGAGUUUUAUAGGAUUUUUUUUUGAGGGGGGUAGUAAGAAGUGGUAGCAUUCUAAAAAAGCCCAGUAUGAAUAAAACAUCUUUUUUAUGUAUUAAGCAUUUACCUUGUACAAAGCUCUAUGCUAAGCCUAGUAUGUGUUUCUGAUGGGCAAGAAAUUUGCUUUAGGGAAAAGGAAGAAGCUCCAUGAGAUUUUAUAACCCUAGUGGAUUAUUCAGAGAUGGCAGAGAUGGAACUAGAAUGAGGCCUCUUGGUUAUGGGUCCAUUGCUUUUUCCAUUAUACUAACCAAUCUCUAGUGACUAACAUAUUUUUGAAAAUAAGAGGGUUUUUUUUAAUGCAUUAAUGAUUUGUCCCAGUGUUCUGUAUUUGUCCUGUCUCAAUCAAUCAAUUAAUCAACAAACAUUUAUUAAGUACCUACUAUGUACCAGACACUUUGCUAAGCAAUAGGAGUACAAAAGGAGGCAAAAGACAGUUCUUGCCCUCAAGGAGCUAACAAUCUAGUGUUCCACUUCUUGCAUUUAAUAACGUUUUUGACUUAAUAACAUUUUCUUGACAUACACACACAGAGUAAUCAAUUAUCAACUUUAGGUUUUAGUAUUAAAACAAUACAGUGCUCAUAAGUGAUAACCAAAUUGUUUUAGCUGUAACACAAAAUAAUAAACAAUGACAACAA